CUAUCUUCCGAUACUACUCGACUUUCUGAAAUUAAAGAAAAGAGAGGACUCCAUAGAGAAGCUAUACGAGAAGUUGGAGAUCAUGAAGCAUCAAAGAAGCUCUAUGAUGAGGUUAAAGAUCAGCUUCCCAAAGAGGUUAUAAAAAGUGCUGUCCGAAAGAAGUCAGACACGACAUCUAUUUCAAAAUUAAGCGAUGAUAAUAUCAAAUAUGUCGCAUCUCAGGUUAAGAAGAAUACUAGACAAAAUUAG